AUGAAUAAGACAGGUAUCCCUAUUGAUAUCAGUGAUGCCCUUAAUGCCACAAUAAGCCGCAGGUGUCAUCACAAUAAGACAUGUGAGCAGAUAUAUAUUGAGAAAUGGUACCAGCAUAUUGAUGAAAUUUCAAAUAAGUUACUGGGUGGUAAGGAGGUUUGGCAUGCUCUAGAUAAGUUACUGGGUGGUAAGGAGGUGUGGCAUGCUCUAGAUCAGUUACUGGGUGGUAAGGAGGUGUGGCAUGCUCUAGAUCAGUUACUGGGUGGUAAGGAGGUGUGGCAUGCUCUAGAUAAGUUACUUGGUGGUGAGGAGGUGUGGCUUGCUCUAGAUAAGUUACUUGGUGGUAAGGAGGUGUGGCAUGCUCUAGAUCAGUUACUGGGUGGUAAGGAGGUGUGGCAUGCUCUAGAUAAGUUACUUGGUGUUACUGGUGGUAAGGAGGUGUGGCAUGCUCUAGAUCAGUUACUGGGUGGUAAGGAGGUGUGGCAUGCUCUAGAUAAGUUACUUGGUGGUAAGGAGGUGUGGCAUGCUCUAGAUAAGUUACUUGGUGGUAAAGAGGUGUGGCAUGCUCCAGAUCAGUUAUUGGGUGGUAAGGAGGUGUGGCAUGCUCUAGAUCAGUUACUGGGUGGUAAGGAGGUUUGGCAUGCUCUAGAUAAGUUACUGGGUGGUAAGGAGGUGUGGCAUGCUCUAGAUCAGUUACUUGGUGGUAAGGAGGUUUGGCAUGCUCUAGAUAAGUUACAGGGUGGUAAGGAGGUGUGGCAUGCUCUAGAUAAGUUACUGGGUGGUAAGGAGGUGUGGCAUGCUCUAGAUCAGUUACUGGGUGGUAAGGAGGUGUGGCAUGCUCUAGAUAAGUUACUGGGUGGUAAGGAGGUGUGGCAUGCUCUAGAUCAGUUACUGGGUGGUAAGGAGGUUUGGCAUGCUCUAGAUAAGUUACUGGGUGGUAAGGAGGUGUGGCAUGCUCUAGAUAAGUUACUGGGUGGUACGGAGGUGUGGCAUGCUAUAGAUCAGUUACUGGGUGGUGUUUCUAGUGGACUUGACUGA